AGUACUCUUUUGUCAGACAAGUAUGGAGGACUCUGUUGCUGAGAUGUAUUGGAGAAAGAGAGCAUCUGAAGAAGCAAUCGAGAAUAUGGAGAGAAGACAUCAACACGGAAGAGGAAUAUGUACUGUAUUUAUUUUGGAUACAUCAGAAAGCAUGAGAGGGGAAGGAUUCGGUCAGCUGAAAGAGGCCUUUCAUAACAUCAUCAACGAAUAUAAAAGACUAGGAUUUGAUGACAAUGUGGCUGUUAUAGGAUUUGGAGAUGAAGUGAAAUUUCUCCACUAUUACUCAAACAAUUAUGAUUCCAUUGAAAGAUGUCUAGACCAUAUUGAGUGCAAAGGCUCAUCGCCAAUGGAAGCAGGACUGUUGUUAUCCCGUUCAUGCAUCAGUCUCGGAGGAGGUCACUCAACAUUAGUAGGAUCUCUUAGUAUAAGGGCCAGAGUGGUGGUAAUUUCUGAUGGACAUCCUACAGACAUGUCAAGUUCUUUGGAAAAAAGUGAAACAUCAAAUGAGAGUGACACAUUCAAUAGAAUCCUACGUCUCGUUGAGGCACAAGGAAGAUGGAACCCGUUUACUUUCAUACCUGUUGGUACUAAACCAAACUACCAUUUAUUAGGAACCCUAGCCAUUGCAGCAAGAGGUGGCAGAAUGCUUUCACUUGAUGAGGCAAGACAAUGCGCACGUUUUUCGUUGCAUGUUAGAAGGGCUGAUCAUCUCAUUACACAAUUCCCGGAGAGAUGUAUAACUGAGAGCGUUGUUAGAAGGCACAUUUCUAGCAUGGAAACUCCUUUCCGACCAUUUAUUCACCACAACGAGGAAGAUGUUAGUUAUGUCUGCGAAAUUAUAAAUGAAAAGGAAGUAUACAGUAGAGAUGACGACAUAGAGGAGGACAAUGAUGAUCUAUAUAUUGAACGAUAUACCACAAUGCCUUGUGCGGGAACAAGAGUCAGAAGAGGACCCGACUGGCUGUGGGGCAAUCAGGAUAGCCAUGGAGUAGGAACUAUUACAGGCCAUUCCAUACGAGGAUGGCUGCACGUGGAGUGGGAUACUGGCAGACGUUAUAACUACCGGCAUGGAUAUAAUGGAGUGUUCGAGGCUUAUGACUUAUUAGUGAGCGAUGAACCAAGAUUUUUGGAAAAUCAAAAUAUAGCGGUCGGCUGUCUCGUGAGAAAAGGACCAGAUUGGCAAUGGGGUGACCAGAAUGGUAGCGAUGAUAGCAUUGGAACAGUGUACCGUGUACAGAAAUCUGGGGUUGUUUAUGUGCGAUGGCCCAACGGUAAUAAAAGUAAUUACAGAUUUGGUCACAAAAACAAAUAUGACUUGAUAUUGUGCGAUCCGAAUGAUUCAAAUCUUGUAAUGACGUGGAGGGUGCAAAACGAAAUGGGCUGCGGAAAGAUACUUUAAAAUCCUAAAAUUUGAGAGAGUGAAUGAACUCCGACACAGAAUAUAUUACCAUUUACUGAACGUAUCGGUAAACAUUACAGCCGUGACAAUGAUUGCAAAGCAUGAUAAAUCUAAGCAUUUCUAUUGUACAUGUAUAUUUUUGAACCAUUUAACAUCUGUCAUAAUAGGGAAAGAUAUCAAGAUGAAUUACUCUGUUUAUCAAAUUACCGACUCAAAUCAAGACUUUUGAAAUAUGAAUUGUCAUGAUCUACACUGUUACAAUGCCUCACAUAUGUGUUGGCUAUGGAAUGCGCUAUAUGAAUAUAAUGCAUGUUUAAAAUGUUUUGUCGAUGUUUCCUGUUGUAUGCAUAUGGGGUAGUAUAAAUUUAUCAUGAGCGGUAAAAUGUAGAUACCUUUAUCUAGACAUUCUUGUUUUCACGCACAAUAGCAUAAGCCAUGUCAUUUCAUGCAAAUAUAAGCUGAAGUAAGCGUCAAAAUAUCUUCUUGUUGAAUUUCAUGCUCAAU